UAGUCGAAGGAAAAUGGAUUCUAAAAAUGCACAGAAAAGUUGGGAACUCAGCAAUAGCAUCGAAAGUGUUAAUAGCACAGAUGAUAUCUACCGUUAUGACAACAAACAGCAACAAGAUAUAUUAACAGCAAAACCUUGGGAAAGAGAUCCCCACUAUUUCAAGCACAUCAAGAUCUCUGCUCUGGCACUGCUGAAGAUGGUGAUGCAUGCAAGGUCAGGGGGAAAUCUGGAAGUGAUGGGGCUGCUCCUAGGGAAAACUGAUGGCAACACAAUGAUUGUCAUGGAUGGUGUAGCUCUCCCGGUGGAAGGAACUGAGACUAGGGUGAAUGCUCAGGCUCAGGCGUAUGAAUACAUGGCUGCUUACACUGAGGCUGCCAAACAGGUUGCCAGACUUGAGAAUGCCAUAGGCUGGUACCACAGUCACCCUGGUUACGGCUGCUGGUUGUCUGGUAUUGAUGUCAGCACUCAGAUGUUGAACCAGCAGUUCCAGGAACCGUUUGUAGCCAUUGUGAUCGACCCUGUGAGAACUAUAUCUGCAGGUAAAGUGAACAUAGGAGCAUUCAGGACAUACCCCAAGGGUUACAAACCUCCGGAUGAGACCCCUUCUGAGUAUCAGACCAUCCCACUCAACAAGAUUGAAGACUUUGGUGUGCAUUGUAAACACUACUAUUCGCUUGAGAUCUCCUACUUCAAAUCAGCUUUAGAUCGACGACUAUUGGAGUCACUGUGGAACAAAUACUGGGUCAACACACUCAGCUCCUCCAGUCUUCUCACAAAUGCGGACUACAUGACUGGUCAGAUCUACGACCUGUCCGACAAGCUGGAGCAGUCCGAGGCGCAGCUGGGGAGGGGGGGCUUCAUGCUAGGGAUGGACACACAUGAGAAGAAGUCCGAGGACAAGCUACUUAAGGCUACCAAAGAUGGGUGCAAGACCACCAUUGAGGCUAUUCACGGCCUCAUGUCGCAGGUUAUCAAAGACCGACUGUUCAACCAAGUCCAUUUACCCACCCCUCAGUGAAGAAGCGGAGUCCUCGCAACAGAUGUAUAUAACUUAUGAUAGUGUCCCCUAAGCAAGGCGACACUGCAUACUACGUCAUUGUAUUGUUUGCCAAUCACCAGUGUUUAUGAACAUGAACUUGCUACAAAUUACAGGAAUAGAACAACUGUUGAAGAUCAUAUAUGCACAUGGAACGAAAUAGGGGUGGCAUAUCAUUUUGUUUGAUGAAUGAUCACCUAUAUUCUCAGGCGGGACACUUGAUGACAUUGUAGUGGUACACAAGAUACAAAUAACUUUUUUCAUUUGUUAAUAUGAAACAAUUAUAAGCUUUCUUAUGCUGUAUUUCUGUAUGUUCCUGUUUUUUUAUUUUCAUCACUAGCGAUACUCAAGCUUGGGGAGAUUCUUUUAUGUUUCAGUGGGUAAAGAAGAAAGUUUAUGUCUUAAGAAUCUUCAUUUUGUAUGUAUUUGAGUAGAACUCGAAAUGUCCAUGGGUCAAUCUUAACACCCCAGUGUUAGGACAGAUAUCAGUAUGAGGGUUGAAAAUUUACGAGUACUUUUUUGGAUCAACCAUGAGUUCCUGUAAAGACUGACCACAGUUUCCGUUCAGUCCAGUGUUCAGUUCUUGCUUGUCUUCUCUCCUAUCAGUUCAGGGUUUCAGUUCUCGCUUGUCUUCUCUCCUAUCAGUCCAGGGUUUCAGUUCUCGCUUAUCUUCUCUCCUAUCAGUCCAGGGUUUCAGUUCUCGCUUGUCUUCUCUCCUAUCAGUCCAGGGUUUCAGUUCUCGCUUGUCUUCUCUCCUAUCAGUCCAGGGUUUCAGUUCUCGCUUGUCUUCUCUCCUAUCAGUUCAGGGUUUCAGUUAUCGCUUGUCUUCUCUCCUAUCAGUCCAGGGUUUCAGUUCUCGCUUGUCUUCUCUCCUAUCAGUCCAGGUUUCAGUUCUCGCUUGUCUUCUCUCCUAUCAGUUCAGGGUUUCAGUUCCCACUUAUCUUCUCUCCUAUCAGUCCAGGGUUUCAGUUCUCGCUUAUCUUCUCUCCUAUCAGUCCAGGGUUUCAGUUCCCGCUUGUCCUCUUUGGUCAUAUUCUUCCUUAAUAAUUUGUCAUUCUAAGGAACUACCAGGUAAGUUACUGAUAAUUGUUAUUUAAAUGUUGUGGCUUAAGAUACAAUUCUGAAUUCAUAUCACUUAAUGGUAAGAGUGUCGCUGUAAAAUCUGAUGAAUAUAAAUGACGUUCUUAAUUUUUAGCGAUCAUCAUUACAGAGUAAUGGCACAGGUCGUGACCUCACUUCAAUGCGAGUAGUUCUGUAUUUGUUCUGUCUCACCACAGGAAAACAGAUCCUUUUGUUGAUCCUUUGUGCUAAAGUGCUAUUGUUCCAACUUUCGAAUCUUAAAGUGUAUUUGUACAGAAAGUGCUGUCAAAUGUUGACAAUAAAUACCAAACUGUG